AUGGUCACGGGAAAUGGAGCUCUUCGAUAUCCGCCUCAGGGUCCGAUGGGCGACCAUGAUCUUCCAGCACGCCGCAGAGCUCCUAAUCCCCUCCAACUCGAUCCUCUAAGAGCCAAUCCUCCUUAUCCACGACCCUCGACUGCGGAUGGGUUUCGCCCGCCGUAUUCUUAUAACCGUUCUUCUCCAUCUCCGCACCCUCCACGCGCUCCCAGAAAAUAUCCUGCAUACCCCCACCCCCCACGAGUUGAUUCCGCUUCGCGCGCCGUUUCACCUGCCCCCCAUCAACCACGCCCUAACGAUGGCUCACCCAUACACCGACCGACGUACCAUAACCCACCAUACGCAUCACCAGUCACUAAACACGAGUGGGCGAGGAGACCGCCUCCAGAAGCAAACUUUGAGGGCUUAUCCAGCCAAACGACGCCCUCUAAGCCGACAGACCAACCACUUUCCAUAUCUACAGCAAAACUUCAUAAGAAACGCUCCAAACCUCGCCUCGCACAAGCCGCUAGCCCCCACGGACUUGCACUACCGCGCAGUCCAUAUAAUGGUCGGCUAUCUGACCCAUACGGCGAAGAUGCACUCCGUUCUAGCGUGAACUCCGCCAAGACGUCGCGCUCCAGCAUCGAGCAAGCGAGCGGAACAGAACGAAGUAGCGUUUUGACUAAGAGCAGCUCUAUUACCGAUUUAUCUCCGGAUACGCCGGAUGGUUCAUAUGAGAAAGAUGAAGGAAUGAGUGUCGAAGAUGCCAUCUCUAUGUACUUGGACGGGUUUAGUGACGUGACAGAAGAGCCAGCAUCACCAGAUCUUAUAGAAGACAGCAAACUUAAAUCAUUGAGCCCACUACCCCCGGCGGAAUUUGUACUAGACGACGACCAUGCUCCCAACGCCGAACCAAAUUUGCAUUACAUCCGAGAUUUUCCACCAACACCACCUACGAUUUCACAGCUGAACACACCAGACGAUGAUGUUUUGCGCAAACAGUACUUUGAGGAAGCGCACGAAGAAGAAAACCCGCUAGACCCUCCUAGCGGGCCUAUAAGCACACUUUUGGAGCAAGUGUCAGCACCAAAUCCCUCACAGUUGAACCCACAAGGCCAGAACUUGUUGGACAAGCAAUUUCUAGGAGAGGGCCGCCCAUAUGAGAAUUCGGUGGAUGGACCUUUAAAUGAGUCUUUAAAUGAACCUACAAACGACCAUUUGGACAAGCCUUCCGAAAAACCUCUUGAGCCGACCUCUCCAACUCAACCACCUCCUACACCUCGCUCUGCUGAAACGAAGGUCAUGCUUCCAGGUAUUGUGCCUCCGCCAUUGACCAUCGCUACGGAGGCGAGAGAUUGCUAUGGGUUUCGGAAAGCAACAAGUUAUGUUACUAUACAGCAGUACGAGGCCUGGAGCGCUUCAUACGCCGACUUCGCUGCUAAUCGCCGAGUAAAAUGGGCUGAACUAUUUCGCGAAAACGCGCUACCGCCCACCAACCCGACAACGUUUCCUCCAAAAUCGCCCAAGGUAAAACGUUUCGUAAGGAAAGGAAUCCCUCCGGAGCUUAGAGGUGCGGCGUGGUUCUGGUACGCUGGAGGCUUCGAGCAGCUUAACCGGAAUCCGGGGUUGUAUGACCAGCUCGUCCAACAGGCGAUGGAGUCUCCAAGUAACGACGACAAGGAGCACAUUGAGCGUGAUUUGCACCGAACAUUCCCUGACAAUAUCCAUUUUAAACCGGAGCAAACGGGACAACCUGGUCUUGACGGUGGUAGCUCAGGGAACUCUGUCACAAUUGAAACAGAAAUGAUUCGAUCUCUGCGGCGGGUGCUCUAUGCGUUUGCCAUUCACAACCCCCAGAUUGGCUAUACACAAUCGCUCAAUUUUAUCACCGGGCUAUUUCUGCUUUUCCUGCCUGAGGAAAAGGCGUUUUGGAUGCUGCAUAUUGUCACAUCGGCAUAUCUUCCCAACACGCACGAAAUCAGCCUCGAGGGCGCUAAUGUCGAUCUUUGGAUUCUCAUGGUCCUUCUGAAAGAGUCGAUGCCGAAUGUUUACAACAAGAUUGCAGACACGGGAACCUCCAAAAGAAGUGCUCCGCUUUCAGUGAACUCACGCCUUCCUGACAUUACUCUCGGCCUAACAAACUGGCUCAUGUCUGUCUUCAUUGGCACGCUACCUCUUGAGACAAUGUUGCGCGUAUGGGAUGUAUUCUUCUAUGAAGGGUCGAAAACAUUUUUCCGUGUCUCUAUGUCAAUAUUUAAAGCCUGCGAGAAGGACAUAAUGGCCGUGUCGGACCCAAUGGAAGUUUUCCAGGUGGUACAAACGGUGCCCAAGAAAUUGCUGGAUGCCAAUGCUUUGCUCGACGGGAGUUUCACUCGGCGGAACCGUGUUGGUCAAGGUCGCAUCGAAGAAUUGAGGGCAGCUCGACGGGCAGCAGUUCGGCAGGACAAGCUGCGACGAUCGCAAGCUCUGACCAAGGGACAGCUCCAUGCAGCAACGGACGAAUGGCCGACGCGAUCUCGGACCCCGAUCCCUGGAAUCGAGCGCACAUUCGCUGAUUCUUGGCGCCAAAUGAGGAACCAUGCAUUCCGCGGACAGGCUGCUAGCUACUACGACCAAAACCAGAGCUUCCAGCCUGGUUAUGGCAAUGGCUAUCCUCCCCAACAGCCUGGCAACGGCUACCCUCCCCAGCAGCCAAAUCCUGGCUAUGGCAAUGGCUACGCUCCAAACCAGCCAGACCCUGGCUAUCAGUACAACGGAGGGAACAACACCCACGAGCCAAAACAGCAGCAGCAGCAGGGGCCUCCUCCGACCUACAACCAGGCGGUGUAUGGCUUCGACGAGGCGUUCAAAGUCGAAAAGCCCAAGUGGAACGAUCUCUGGGCCGGUCUUUUGUUGAUCGCCGUGUUUUUAGGCUAUGUCGCGGUCUCUGGUAUCUCGAUUUAUCGGUAUUCCAAGUACAAAGGAUUCAGCGGCGACGGCAUUUACGACUCGGUGAACAGCGUUUCUCUCGACACUAAUACUCUCAUUCUACUCAUAUUCGUUCUCUGCGUCGCACUCGCGUUCUCCUGGGGGUACUUCCUCCUAGCGCGCCAUUUCCCGAAGUUUUUCAUCUGGGUGACCGGCAUCCUCAACAUCAUUUUUGCCCUUGGGACAGGUAUUUACUACAUCGUGAGAAAGCAGUAUGGCGGCGGCAUUGUUUUCCUUCUCUUCGGAGUUUUCGCCACCAUCUGCUUUAUCAGCUGGAUUCCCCGUAUCCCCUUUACGGCCUUUAUGAUGAAGACGUCAAUGGAUGUUUCUCGGAAAUAUGGGCACAUGUUCGUUGUCAGCGCGAUCGGAGGAAUCGUAUCGGUCGCCUUUGCAGCCUGGUUCUCGGUCACUCUGGUCGCGAUCUACGUUGCGUACGAGCCGAGUAGUAGCAACAGCAAUCCGUCUUGCUCUAACGGGGGCUGCAGCAGAGCCCGAGUCAUCGGGCUUGUUGUCUAUGUCACCUUCGCCAUGUAUUGGUUCAGUGAGUGGGUCAAAAACACUGUUCACACAACAAUUGCUGGCGUUUAUGGAUCCUGGUACUUCUUUGUUAACUCGACCCGCGGCAUGCCCGCGCAUGCGACUCGCGGCGCUUUCAAGCGCGCGACAACAUACUCUUUCGGCAGCAUCAGUUUCGGCAGUCUAAUCCUCGCCAUUAUCAACUGCCUCCGGCAAGCCUGCUCUAUUGCCCAACGCAACGAAUCAGCCCAGGGCAACCUUUGCGGAAGCAUUGGGUUCUGGGUCUUGGGAUGCUUUGUCUCCAUCCUCGACUGGCUAGCUACCUUCUUCAACCGCUACGCAUUCUGUCACAUCGCUCUAUAUGGAAAGGCCUAUAUACCCUCUGCGAAGGACACAUGGAAGAUGAUGAGGGACCGAGGCAUCGACGCACUCGUUACAGACUGCCUGAUCGGACCCGUAAUCACUAUGGGCUCGUUAUUUGUCUCAUAUCUUUGCGCGUUGCUGGCGUACUUGUACCUGCAGUUCACGAACCCGAGUUAUAACUCCGAGGGUAACUUCACUGCUGUUAUUAUGGCUUUUGCGUUCAUUAUUGGUCUGCAGAUCUGCCAGAUCCUUAUGACACCCAUGAGCAGCGGUAUUGAGACCAUCUUUGCGGCUAUGGCGUGGGAUCCCCAAGUCUUGAUGAGCGAACACCCGGAUCUGUAUCAACAGAUGGUGCGCUUGUACCCUCGCGUCCAGCAGGCUAUUCAUGCCUAG